AUGUUACUCAACUCUCUCUUAACUGGAUAANGCUAAUUACAGCCUGCCAUCUAAUAAUUGAUGUUAGCUCUUGAUUACGGGAAUGUUUAUCAGACGAAAUUAAGAGUAAAAACAAUCAAGAUGCUAUCAACAUUACUUGCAAAAUAAGAGAAAUUUAAAUCUGAUAGUUAAAUUUUAAAAUAACUCCAAUACUUUUUCCAAAAUUAAAAACGAUAGUUUAUAUUCCUAAUUGAUUCUACAUAAAGAAUGGCUGAAAAUCAACUUGAAGUUGUAGAAACCAUCAAAUAAGUAUGAAUUUAAAUUAAUAUCGUUAGAUAUUUUAAAUUAUGAAUGACGAUGAUUUGAUAUAAGUAUCAACUUUUGAUGAAUAUACACAUGUAUUAAUUGAAUCUUAAUCAAAAAUUAGUAUACUAGAAACUAUGGGUAAAAAUUAUAUGGAAGAUGGAUUUUUUGAUUAUUUAAGUGGGAGAUAAACUCAAAAUCAGCGCAAAUUAUAUUAAGGCAUUUUGGAAUCCUUAAAUCAAUCACUUCCUAAAAAAUAUACUAAUUACUUAAUUGUAAUGACUUUUGGAGAAAAUUAUGCUGAAUAAAAUGAUAAAUUAGUAGAAUUGUUGGAAAAGUUGAGAGAAGGAUUUUGGCAUUUCAUAUUGUGUAGUACAUAAGAAAAGAAGUUUAUGAAUUAAAGGAAUACAUUCUAUAGAUUAACAGAUGAGGCCAGAGAUGGGACUUAUAUUGAAUUGUUUGCCAAUUUUGAAGAAGGUUUAAGUAAGAUUAUUUCGCUGUGUAAUUGAUAUUAUUUUAUUAAAUUUUUUAUAAUUUCAGUUAACAUGUUUGAGGAUGAUUUUGAUUUAGGGAAAUAAGAUGAUUUGGCCAGGGAAGUGAAAGAGAUGGAGGUGAAAGCAAAUACAUUGCAGUAGAAAUCGCAGCAAGAUCGAUAUCUGGGUAAUCAUUUGAUGGAUCACUCUUAGAAUUCAGCGAAAUGGUAUUAAAUUCCUUUAAAAUGAUGGAGUAAAAAUUUAAUGAAAUGGAAUCUAAAUUUAGCAAGGUCUUAUAGUCUAAAAAUAAAGAAAAUACCACAAGCAACAUCAGAUAAAAAAGUGUUUCGGUUGGGAAGAUAUACGCGCCUCCAAAAAUAUCGGUUGGUAAGAUUUCUUUACCUAAACAUUAACCCCCUCAAUUAAAGAAAAGCAUAUUAAAAACAAAAAAAUGA